UUCGGGAGACCCCGCCCGCCCCCGCUCUCUUUCCGCUCUGCGCGGCGCCAUGGCGGACAUACAGACUGAGAGGGCCUACCAGAAGCAGCCCACUGUUUUCCAAAACAGGAAGGUACUUGUGUCGGGCUCUGCAAAGCAGAAGAAAGUCCAGAGGUACUACAAAAGUGUGGGCCUGGGCUUCAAGACCCCCCGUGAGGCCAUUGAGGGCACUUACAUUGACAAAAAAUGCCCCUUCACUGGCAACGUGUCCAUCCGUGGCCGUAUUCUUACAGGUGUCGUCACCAAGAUGAAGAUGCAGCGCACGAUUGUGAUCCGUCGUGACUACCUUCAUUACAUCCGCAAGUACAACCGUUUUGAGAAGCGGCACAAGAACAUGUCCGUCCACCUCUCGCCAGCGUUCAGGGAUGUGCAAGUGGGCGACAUCGUGACGGUGGGGGAGUGUCGGCCGCUCAGCAAGACCGUGCGUUUCAACGUACUCAAGGUCACCAAGGCUGCCAGCAACAAGAAGCAGUUCCAGAAGUUCUAAAGUACACAUGUUUACCACCAUUGUGCUCGAUGGCAUGUAGCCUAGAUGGCUUGCGUGUGGAGCUAUCAAUAAAUACCCAGACCAACAA